UACGGAACAUAUUCAAUCUGUCCUCUGUCAAACUAUCUGACACAAGACACAAAGAGAUUUUCUGUCUUUGCUUUUAACGUUUACACUUUACAGUAAAAUGUCAAAUAAAAAAAUGAAAACUAUUAAAAAAAUAUUGUUCAUCUUACAUCAUUCUUAAGUCACAAAUAGAAAUUGUAUUUAUGCCAGUUAGAAAAUGCGAGUCAACAAAUAUCCACAGAGGAUAUGGUUAUCUGGUAACUAGUAACAUUAGAUAUGAAAUUUAAUUUCCUUAAUUGAAACCAUUCAACACUAAAUUCACGCCCACAAGUUUUGACGUUUUCAGUCUGGCUUUUUUUAAUGUUAUGAAAAAGUUGGGAAAAAGCUAGCUCUGGGUUGUUAACGUUUUCUAGGCAAUGGUUGUUGUAAGCGGAAAUUGGGUGAAAAGUGUUGCUGUUUACCCCACAUCGACCAAUAACAGUGAUGUAGAAUUAUCCCAAGUAACCAUGAUACCCAAAGCUGUUCUUAGUUGUCGCCCCAAUUCCCAUCUCUUUCAAGAACGGACAUUAGCUCUUGAUCAAUCUGUGAAAAUAGGUCGAUCUGUAGCCAGAGCUAAACCGACUUCUACCAAUGCAAUUUUUGAUUGUAAAGUGCUGUCUCGACACCAUGCUUUACUGUGGUAUGAAAAUGGGAAAUUUUUCUUACAGGAUACCAAAAGCAGUAAUGGGACCUUUGUUAAUAAUAAUCGAUUAUCAGCUGAAACAGAGAAUCAUGAACUCAGCUCUGGCGAUAUUGUACAGUUUGGUGUAGAUGUUGUGGAAAAUAACAGAAAAGUUACUCAUGGGUGUAUCAUAGCCACUAUUAAACUCUACAUGCCUGAUGGAAAAGAAGCUAAGGCAAGCCCUGUUACAGAAGGAGACCGACAUGGAAUGGUUCCUUUGGACGAUCUAUAUAAACUCAAUCAGAUAAUUCAGGAAGCUAAUCAAAGAGAGAAGUGUCUGGAAACCAAACUGACCGCCUUGCAGCACGUUGUAAAUGAAACUAGGAAAUCUGCAGAAGAAAGUUGGCAAGCCUACGUUGGUGAAGAGAGGCUUCUAUCUAGAGUAUCAGCAUUGGAAACACAACUUCAACAGGCCAAUAAGAGUUGGGGAGAAGACAGGUUGAGAGAAGAACUUGCCAAAUUACAGGAAAGUAACGAAUCAUAUCAAAUAGCAGCCAAGGAAGCUUUAGAAAAGUUACAUGCCGAACGACUUCAGGCUAUGGCCUUAGCUAUGGAGCAGGAAAGAGCUAAAAUAUCAGCAGAACAGGAAGCUGUACUUGCAAAGGAACAAUUUUAUCAGGCUCAAGUAGAAGUGGAGGCCAUGGCCAGACAAUUAACCGAGCAUCAAAUUGAAGCCGAAAAUAUACAAUUUGAAUUGAAACAACGAGAAAAGGAACUAGAAUCCAAAUUAGAAUCAGAGUCUGGAAAACUGUUGGACUUGCAGCUCAAACUAUUUGAAAUGAAUACUUUGUCCGAUCAAGAUUUUCCAAAUCGUGAAGGUCUAGAGGGAAUGCACAAAGAUCUCAUUUAUGAUGACGACUUGAGGUGUAAAGAAGAGCUCAUUGCCGAAAAUGAUGAUUGCGUUUCUCUUAUGAAUAUGUCAAAUGGCGUUGACAACCAUAUCAGUUUGACGUUUGGUCCGGUGGAAGAUAAAAUCGAAUCUGAAAAGGGGGCAGGUGAAACAACUGAAGUAGAAGAAUGCGACUGCGAAGUGAACCAACAAAAGUUAUGUCAGGAAGAUAUCAAGAGGGUUUCUUUCAAAAUAGCAGAGGAUUGUGAAUCUGAGGAAGAUUUCCAUGAUUCCAAUGAUAGAUCUGAUUCAACUAAAGAAGACAUGGAAAAAAAUUAUUAUGCCAGUGAUCGUGUGGAUUCCAAAACAUUAAAAUAUCAGUUCCAGUCUGCCCAGAAUGAAUUGAAAAGAAAAAUUGAACUUCUCGAAACGAUAUCGAAUGAGAAUAAAUUGAAAAUUAAUGAUCUGGAUAAAGAGCUACUCGAAGAGAAAAAAAUUUCCCAACUACGUUUAGAAGAAAAUGAGGGUAUAAAGGAAGAGCUGGUUCUACUACAACAGAAAUGGAAGGAGAGCUGUAACGAAACUCUGGAGUACAAGGAUAAGAUGUGUGUGCUUUUAGAAGAAUUGGAGUUGGCUAAGAAACAACUGAAAGACUUGAAUGAAAAUGUCAAAGAGAAAAUAGAAGAAACGCAGUGGGGGCCUACCAUAUCGAAUAGCGUUGUAUCUUAUGACCAAUUGGUUGAACUCGAGGAAGAAUUGGUUCUUCUCAAGGAACGUUUCUCUCAAGUUAGUGAAGAGAAAAUCAAGCUUCAGCGUGAUUUUUCAAUGUUAACAAAACAAUACAAUGUCGUAUGCAAUCGUUCUCACAAUAAGUACUUUUUUUAUGUUGCACCACUUGUCAUCAUGGUACUUUAUCUUCUGGUAAGUGCAAUGAUUUCCUGAUUAACAGCCAUUCUUUUGUUGUUUUUUUAUUUCUUUUUAGAGUUCUUAUUGAAAGUUAUAAUAGACACGUAAUGAUUGCUAGGCGGAAUUAAUCUCAAUGUUCUUUGUAGAAGAGCGUUCAAAUUUCAAUAUUUUUGUGAGAAAUUGCAGAUUUCAACGCUCUUUCGGCCAAAAUCUAUACUGAUGAGAAUGAGACACGAACAUAUUUUUCAACUGAAUAUGAUGACAAAGUUUUUAUGAACGUACCUGUAGUUUAAUGGGCUGUUUCGAUACUGACAUUCAAUGCGAAAGAUAAGCUAGAAUAUAUCGUGAUUUUCUGAUGCUUUCUCAAAACAAAAUGAAAUCAGAUUCACAUUUUCUAGAUGACUUGAGAUACAUGUAAAAGUCAUAGGUAAGAAAAAUAUUUUAUGAAACAGUCUCGAAUUUCCAUCUUAUUUAAAAGAUGCCCAUGCGAUAGAUGUUCAUAAGUCUUCAUUUCUUCUGUGAAGAAAUUGGAAGAGCAUCUUAAACUUUGUCAGUUGAUAAAAUAUAUUCGUGCCUUUUUCUGUUUGUUUUCUGAAAAUAUUCAGAAAAAAGAGCUAUAUUAUUUAUUGAAGUAAUAUGUAGGUACAAAAAAGAUGAUCAAAACAAUUGUGUGCAAUUUUAAUACUAUAGUUUUGGUUUGAAAAGUUCUUGGCAGGUUUCACCUACCGAGGAAAAAUUUAACUGAAAAUGAUCGAAGUUUGACACUGAUAAAUUCAGAAAAUGCAUGCUACCCAACGAACAAGGGAGUUAUUUAUCAGAAUGCCAUAUAAUUUAUUUGUUGGAAACAUGUAUAGCCGUAGUUAUUGGAAAUUAUAAUAACGUUAAGUCAGGUGACAUUUUGUAGGUUAUGCAGAACGUUCUGUUCUUUCGUGAGACACUUCUAAUUUAGUCUUUGAAGUCCCAUUUCAAAUUCUCCCCAUCCCUUAUUUCUUUUCCUAAAUACACUGCAAUAUAUCUCUCAGUUAACUUUAUUCAAACAGUAAAAUAUGAAGUUGAAGUUUGGAACUUGCCGAAACUCUCAACUUUAUUAAAUCUUAUAUAUUGACAAAAAAAUUACUAAAUUUCAAUCUUAAACUAAAGAAUCAAAAUCUUAAUUCUUAAAUAAUUUAUGCUCAAGCAAUAUUCUUGAUAAAAAGCGUGUUGAAACGUUGAGAAAAAUUUUAAACAUUACUUGAUAAUCCAAGUUCUAAAUAUUCACCUUUUGAGACUUUAUUUACUUACUUUAUUCUUAUAGUUCCCAAACAUCAACAGUUUACUGCUUGAUGAAUAAAUUUUAAGAAAACUUUCAGUUUUUGAAAAACCAAUAGAACUUUACAAUGAAGCAAAAAUUAUUUUCCCUUCCUUUCUGUUCAUGAUUCGUCAAAUUGUAACUGAAAAAAGUUGUAUGAUAUUAAAAAAAUCAGAGUAGUGGUAUCUUUCUGAACAAUUUUCCUCAGUAACAUUUCCAGAUGUCAUGAACAAAAAGGAUGCUUUACCUGAAAAGAAAAUCGUUUUCGCUUCACUGUCAAAGCCAAAUUAUUUUUCAAAAACUGAAAAUAGUCCCAAAGUUCAUUUUCCACUAAGUACAGCCUAAUCCUGAAAUCUUUGAAUGAAAUUAUUUUAUAUCACACCUCUUUUAACAUGCACCUGGGACACACUGUAUAUGUUCUUUGAAACAAAUCACUUUUUCAGUGUAUAUUCUAUAUAUUUUAGAUAUCGUAAGGAGAUUUUCAAAAAAAUAAUUUCAUGCAGGCUUUUCAGUGGUCUGUAUCUCAUCUGUGAUGCCCUUUAUUGUAUCGGUCUCAAAGUUCAGAUCCUGAAUGUUCAUUUUAUUUUUCAUAUAUCUCGUAUACGGUAUUCAUGAAUUCUGACCACCAUUCAAGCAUUUUGUCGCCUGGCAUGACACAUCAGCAAUGAAUACCUGAUUGAAACUAAUUGUAAUUAUAACACAAAAUGUUAUCUGCUCACGAAAUCUAGAUUCUGGAUCUCAGGUAUCCCAUCUAGAUUUUAAGAUAUGGUAGAAUGAUAUGGUAGUGAGAGUAUUUGUUACGAAGUAUCUUAUUUUAGAAUGUAUAGUUUCAUUAAUAUAUUUCUUUUGUUUAUAAUGAAUGUAAAUAAUUAUAGAUAUAAGGUAUUUAGAAGUGAAAAAUAAAAAUGUUCAGUUAUAAUCGUAA